AUGCAUCAACAACCCCGUGGCCUGGCUCGGGUGUCAUCACCAGCUGGGACUCCUCAGCCAGGUGUACCGUCCCGAUCUAAUAGCACGCGAGAAGCUGCUCUGGGCUCCCGGCCCCGAGCCGGCUCUAAUGUCGCCGGUAGAGAUGCCCCGAAUUCACCAAACAUCGAGAUCCCAUCGACACCGACACCAGCACCUCCCGCAGAGUCAGUCAAAAAGCUUGACCAAAUAAUACAGAAUUUCUAUGCAAAGACAGCCGUGCUUGUCCUCGACUCUCGCAUCAAGACCAAGCCUGCGCGCGGGGCCAACGGUGCCCGGAAACCCAAUAAAUGGUUCCAAAUCGAGACCGAUGAGAUCGAUGAUUUUAGGGAUGAACUCAAGCUCUGGAAGAAUUGUGGUAGCCUCGAUAAUCGCCCACCCCCAAUGAUUAUCGAGGUCUACCUGGAUACCUCGCGACUAAAAGAUAGCCAGAGUCUUGUUAUCGUUGAUGAGAGCGGCAAAAGAUGGGACGUGAUGGAACAGUUGAACUCAUCGAAUUCCUCUACCGAUAGCUCAUCGGGUGCAUCGCGAAGAAACUACGAAGUCGUUAUUGAGAGGUGGCGGGUUGAUCUCAAGUACUCGGGCGCAACACCUAUCGACUUUGGCCCGAUCCUACCAACCAUCUACAAGAAAGCCAUCGUUUUCUUUCGGUCUUUGUUUACUGCAACCCGCCUCCUCCCAGCAUGGAAGUUUGCUAGCCAAGGACCUGCUAAGAACUCUCACCCGGCGCUCAUUCCACAAUGCCGGAUACGUUCAUCCCAGUCUGAUCGCUCACGCUACGAUCAGCUGCGUCUUCCCAUUGAUGGCAGUCCUGAACCCGUGACGGAAUAUGUGUUUGGAGAUCUGGAGGUCCCUGUCGGGCGAUUGAGCACAGUUGUCACGUAUCGCAAUGAUUGCAACUUCAGGGUGGAUGACUCCGAGGCUCUUUUAAGCUCUCGUUUUAUGGGCGUCGACGAAAACUUCUUCAGACCUUCCCUACCGCAGCAGGAUGACAAUCAGCGGGGGCCCAUAGCUGAGGUAGGAUCACUGCGAGAUCAUCGCUCGCGCCCAAACUUGAGUGAUAUGCAACAACCUUAUGGAAGUCUAUCAACGUUUCACGGAAACGUCCCAGUGGGGACCAGCCCGAUCUCGGCUCUGAGAUCGGUGCGGGCACCAGGUUCUGAUACAAGUUCGCCCCCAGAGUCACUACCAACACAGAACGAUGGAGGUGGUCCAAGCUCGAUGCCGGUCCGCCAGAGUACGAUACGGCCAUCAUUGCGAGAGGCUUCAAGCAGACGACCCUCGGUGUCUUUUCAGCCCUUCAAGGCGGGCUCAUUGUCGGGCUCGCCUAUACCUAAGCAUAUCGACACUGAGCCAGCUUCCCCUCAGUCGUUGACACGACCAGGUAUUCCUUCGCUCAGGCAGGCAGGAAACCGGACAUCCCUUACUGCUGGCAUGCCAGCUUCAUUACGUGGUGGCCCUCCUCCAACAUCUGUAGAUCCCGGCACUGCUAGUUCCCCACGACCUGCAUCAACUAGUCGCUACAGCAGCAGCUUUGGUCAUCGUCGUGGUCGCCUUUCAUUUGGAGGAGCUAGCCGCGCCGGAGAUGAUGAGCAGGGCAGUAGCGGAAAGCAGAGUCUGUCAUCCUCGGUUGCGCAGCCCGGGUCUGGUCUUCUUGCUGAGGUGGCGGGGACCAGUUCAGACUCGCUCCAAGAGGACGAGGAGCAACUCCGCCUCUUCAUUCGUGCUAUGGAAGAUAAGAAAAACAUUGUGAGCUUUGAGUCGACGAAGAAAGGCGAGUCCGCUACGAACAGAACUGUUGCGCAACUAUCAAAAUUCCACCAGAUGAAGGACUCGAAUAAUGCUCUUACUGAGUCAAUGACAUCUUCUGUACAGAUGCAAAGGUCAUCAAGCUCAUCUAGUCGACAACUGACGAGUGUGCCUGGAAUGACUGCACCAGCGUCAGUAUCUGCUUCGUCGUCUCCUGGCAAGCCGCUCUCGCCUCAUACACCCCACACGCCAGCAAUUCCAUCAAGACUCAGCGAGAACUCGAUUAUUGACUAUACUGGACAAGGACGGAUCACUUCACGUCAAGGGCGAGCCUUUGAUAACGCACCGCCGGGUACCAUUAGGGAAGGUACAGUGACGCAGGAUGGCACGACAGCUAUUGACAUCCCUCUAUCGCCACGACUGGCAACAUAUCAGCGACGGGCGAGCUCUGUAGCAUUACAUAAUCGAUCGAUGGUGGAUGAUGAUGAUGCGGAUCUCACUUUCGCGCACCGAAGUAUCAGUUUAGGUGCUGAUGAUAGAGAGCCUCCUACGUUAAGUACUCUGUUGGGUAGGCAGAUGCAGCUCGAGGAAGAGUCCACGCAAGGGGAAUCGGAUCGCCUUCAGCCUGCUGCUGAAAUCGAGAGCUCCGACACACCUGGGAUGCUUCAGCGAGGACUUUCGGAGGAGAACCCUCCUGAGGGGCUGAUUCCAGCAGCAGCAUCUAGUUCACCAUUCGGCCGACGGCGUUAUAUGGGCAUGGCUUCACACAGACAGACCCCGCCACAGUCAUCGCGUGGGAGCUUUACUGGUUCUGUCAACAGGCAAGUUCGGGGCGACGAUGACUCAGUCAAUGAGGAACCCUUGGUUUUUGACUUUUCGGAAAUGGAUCCUCAAGGUCGACGAAGCAUCGAAGAGGCGCAUAGCAGCGCGCAUGGGGCACCGGGCUCUGGAUCGGAGAAGGGAAGAUAUGAAAGCCGCGGUGCUUCCAGGCGAGGAUGGUAA